AUGUACAAUGUCAGCCGCAUUGUCAUUCCGUACUCGGUUUUCUUCCUCCUCAUGCCCGGGACAACGAUCUGGACCGCGCGCGCGCUGACCGCCUCCUCUCGAGACACCGCGCGCAGCAUGCGGGCCCUGCUCGAGGCGCCGGCCGCCCUUGUUGAGGAGCACCCCUCAAAGGAGGCGGAGGCGGGCCCGGCCCAUGGGAGCCCCCUGCAGAUGGAUCUCGGGGCCGGGCUGGCGGCCGAAGACCCGGCCGUCGACACCGCCGCCGUUGAUGCCUCGGCCGCCAUUUCCGCCCUCGAGGCGGCCUCCGACAUGGGCUCUGUCCUGGCCAGCACCACGGCCACUUCCGUCACUUCGAGUCCCAUCGCCGAGUGGAUCGCGGCACGGGGCGGCAUCGAGGCCCUCUUCCGUGCGCCGAAUGCCCACCUCCGCCGGCUGGAGUCCCGGCUCCAGGAGUGGAAUGUGUCUUCGGCGGCGGGCGCCUCUGCGGCUCGUGACCAGUCCAAGUAG